UGAAUAGAAUAACUUAGCUUAUCAUUUAGGCUUGGUUCACUAUGAAUCAAGAGUUCACUUACUCAAAUUAUCAUCCAAACCUUGUUGUUGUACAACCAGGUACACAACAAUUGGCAUCAGAGCCGUUUCUUUCCGCACAAAUUUAUCCAAUUUUUUUCAUAUCAAUCUAGGUAUUAUUUGAUUCAAUUUAUUAGGGAUUUGAGGAAUCAAUUAGUGGCGCAAAAUAACGCUUAUCUGCAUUUAUGUGAAUUAAAGAGGAAACGUCAAGAGCUGCUGAACGAUGUAAAUUCACCAACUCGAGGUUUAAAUCUUCUGCUAAUGUAAUAUCUCAUCUCCAUCGCUAAGAGCAAGUGGGAAUCAUUUAUACCACCACAAUCAGAAGCAGAAAUUAUUGAUGAAGUUGUGAAUCUUGAAUCUACAAAGAAGGAGGAGGAGGUUUUCGUUGACAAAUUGGUAUCUGAAUUCGGUGAAGAUAUUACUCCAAAUUCUGCUUCGGUUGCUACUACAUAUUCAAUUUUAGAUUCAAAUCCAAUUUCUGGUUCCAAAACCGAUUCAUAUAAGGGUUUAAAUGGGUUUUCAAAAUCAACCUCAACCAUUGAAGAGUCUGCUAUCUCAUUUGGUGAUUUCACGGUCUCGACAUCGGAGGAAAUCAAAUCAAUUCCUAACGGUGUUGUUGAAGAAAGUGCUUCUCUUGAUUCUGUCGAUGAAGAAGAUGAUUCUUCCGAUUUACAAUUGAUUUCUCCAUUUUUCUUCGUUGAAAACGAUGCUGAUGAUUCAACUGAGGAUAUGAGUUUUCAGUUUUCAGUAAUUGAUAAAACUGAAGUGAAUAAUGUUGAAAGGAAAUAUCAGAUCAAAUGGGGUAAGUGUUUUUCCAUUAUUCUAGAUUCUUCUCGUAUCACUUUUGAUCCAGGAAAGUAUAUCAACCUUAUUCAGAGGUUUUGUUAUUUAGCUGGUGUUUAUGAAUUUGGUUUUGCUACAAUUACUUCAUUUUCUUAUGCACUAUAUGGGUGUUCAAUUUUAAUGGGGGAAUGCGAUGGAAAUUAUGUGUAUAAGCUAGUCUCUAAGAAUGGGUACUGGGAAGAUUCAUGGUCUGGUGAUUCAAUUGUUUGUAGACUAACUAAUGGGGGUGUUUUUAGUACUGCUCAAAUGUUUUUUGUUCAAAUUUCAAAGAGAGACACAAUUUGGUUGGAUAGAAUGCUUGAGACUGUAUUGCGGAGCUGAAAUGAUGGUGUUUUUUGUUCCUAUCCUUCUUUUGUUUAUUCUGGUUCCGUAUUUGAUCAUGGUAGAGGGUACUUUAAUUUUGCUGAUGCUUAUAGAAUUGGUUUUGAUACUCAUAGUUCUGACUUGAUUGUUCUUAUUGAGUUGAUUUUCAUGAAUGAGUGCAAUAGAAAUUGUGUUUACAAGGUAAUUAAAAGACAUGGGUAUCGAUUGAAAUGGUUGUUUCAAAAUUCUGUUGUCCUGGAGUUUGUUACAAUUGGUGAUAGGGGUCAGUUGUUUUCGAAAUGGUCACAAGGAAAUAAUAUAACACCGAAUACUCAAUUUUCUAUGUGCUUGCUAAUGUGUGAUAUUAAAAAUGCUUAUGAAUUGUCUCCUCAAAUGCUUGAUUUAUUGGAAAAGGAAAAUUUUCUUUUGCAGCUGAAGUAUGUUUUGCCUAAUGCGAUUUCGAUUCGUCAGUUUGAGUCUUUGGGUAUUGGUUGUAUUCGCAAAGAAGUUUUUGGCCCAGCAACUGCAUGUUCUAAUCAAGUGAUCAAAGUCUUGACUUCAGCUAGUUCUCGGAAAUUUUCUUGUCAUAUUCCAUUGUGGAGUUACGAUAUAGUUUUUCCUUCUACUGCAGUGGUUUUCUAUGAGUUAUUAAUGAUUCUAAUUGCUAGACGAGGAGAUGAUAUUCUACUUGGUGAAUUGUUGAGGGUUAUUGUUGUUGAACAUGGUCAUACAACUAUGUUGUCAAAACUUUUCCAGGAGUUUCACUAUAUGUCGAUGCUCAUUUUCUCAGUUCCCACAAGUGUAAGAGUUUUUUCACUGUUCUCGAGAUUCGGUUACUUAUUACCUGUACCUUAUGUUUCCAACAGUUGUAUGAUGCCAGUGGGUAUUCUAAGGGGAACUCCGAUCUUAGUCGAGGUGUUGUUGUUUUCACUUGGUUUUUUAAUGAGAUACUUGAAGAAUCUAGCUCCACAGUGGGUGGCAUGGAUCAAGGCUGGAGAAAUCAAGCCUCUUAUGUGCUAUCCCUUCAAUUGAAGUAAAGUUGUUGGUUGUGAAGUGGAAAUUGGUUUUAACUAACGUUCACCUUAGGAGAAGAACAAGACAGGGGUGGGACUUGUGUUACCAACCAUUGAUGGGCUAUUGAUGGAUCAAAUUUCUGGAUAAGGAGGUGGUACUUCAAGGCCUAUUUAUCAAGAUUCUUCUUCAGCUUGAAAUGGCAGUGGCUGGUCUAGAGUUAAAGUCAUUUAAGAUCACACACAACACUAAGUUGCAAGACCUGUUUAUACCAUUUUGGAGAUGGAAUCCAUCACGAGAUAAAGGAGGGGAUCCUGCAGUAAUGCCAGCAGUCGCAGUGACAAACUCCUUAAUGGUCACUACAACACAUACAAGGUUCUAUUUUGGAGCAAUUAUUGUUAUUCAUAUAAUUAUAAAUUACCAUAUCGGAAAGGAGUUUGACUACGACCAAUUAAAAGUUCUAUGUGCUGGGAAUGAUACGAUGUGGGUGAUCUUUUUGCACUGAAGUGCAAAAUUCAUCUACUUCCUACAGGCUUCUGGAGUGCAAUAACUGUUCAAUGGAUAAAUGUGGACUUCACAUAAGUGUUGCUGGUUAGUUUUCACUUUCAGAUUCUAGCGCAGUUGAAGAGUCAAAGUGGUCCGGGCAACUCCAAGAUCAAGCAACUUGCACCAAAUUCUAAUGGUCAGCUCGAGAGGAUACUUGUGCGUAUUCACAGUCAGGUUGGGGCUUUUCAUGUGCAGGCUACAAGAUCAAUUCACACUGCAACUGCUCCAGCCUUUGUCAUCAUAUGCCCAUUAUCUUAUGUGUGAAACUUCUCUAUGGUGGUCAGAAAUCUACAUCAGCCUUUGUACAAGCCUGGCAGCCAAAAUUUUCGUCAGAUAUUCGAGUUGUUCUGUCUUACCUUCAUCCUUGAGGACAAGGACGGUUUCAAGGGGAGUGGAAUGCCAUGUGUACAGGGGUGCCCGUACCUUAUGUGUGUGGGUAAUUAGUAGUAUCUAGUGGGGUGUGAUGGGUGGUUUAGAUUAGCCCACGUGGGUAGUUUAUGAUCGUCGGAUAUUGAAAGAGAGAGAGGGAGAUUGUGCUUGAGUUAUAUACUCUCAUACCCUGUAAUGAAACUCUUAUACCCUGUAAUGAAACUCUUAUGAGAAGAUUUAUGAAUAGAAUAGCUUAGUUUAGCA